UUUGACUGUGUCAAUUGUAAAAAAAUAUUGAAGGUGGUGAAAAUUUACUGAAUUGUUGCAAUCAAAUUUAUCUACAAUAGAAUAUCAUUAUGUUACGAAUUAUAAAUAAACCAAUUUUUUUAUUAAAAAACGUUCGAAGAAUCACUACGAACACACAUGCAAAUAAUAAUAAUCCCACGUCAUCAAGAAUAGAAACAAAUGACAAAAACAAAUUUGAAUCAAAUUUACAUUCAACCUCACUUUUUGACAAGAAAAUUUUGGUUUGGACAAAGAAAUAUGCAAAAGUAGAAGAUGUUCCAAAACUAGUACCAUUAGACGUUAUGCAGACUGCAACCAGCCGGCUUCGAAUUCGUAUUGCAAAUUUUCUUCUAAUCGGCACAGUAAUCAUUUUUCUUAUAACGAUAAUCCAAGGUCAGCAAAAAAAGAAAAAAAAAUUAGCUGAGAUGAAGAUUGAGCAAGAUAAUACACGCCGUGAAAUUAUUGCUAACAUGAGAAAUGAGGCAAAAUGAUGCUAACAAUAGUACCAAAACAAAUUGAAUUUAUUUAGUACAUUACAAAUCAUAAUAAAAUGUUGAAAAAUUCAAUAAACAUUAUUUUAUCGAAAAUCGA